AUGAAUUCUACAACUAAAACCUACACUGUUAUGUGUACAUGUUCAUCAUGUACCAAAAAUGCAAUUGGCGGAAUUUUGCAAAAUGCACAGACCUUUAAGCGUCAUAAUAAUGCUGAUAAGUUAUUAGACAUUGGCCCAAAAAAUCGAGUUAAUACAGAAGUUGUUGAAGAAGAGACAGACGUUGAAAUGGUAGAUGUAUCUGAAACAUCAAUUGAUUAUGAAGACAAUUAUUCUAUUGUAUCAGCCGAAACUACCUUACAGAGUUCUGAUGUCGAGACAACAUCAUUGGCUUCUGACAAUGACGAUCCUCACUGGGGAAUUAGAUUUCUACACAUAUGCGAUAGUAUGGGAAAUUCUGAGUGA